CAACAAAUGGCGUCUCUAUCACCGUUCAACUUGCUCGUACUAACUUGCAUCAGUUUAUUCGAAAACCACCGGUAGAAAAUAAUUUUUAAGAAUAAUUACACCAUUAUGGCAACUAUGAUCAACGGUCAGUUGAUCCUGGAAGAGGAAUAUGAUGAAAACUAUCAACCGACAGAACAAGGUAAAUGAAAUUUCAACUGUGCAGUUUUUGUCAUGUUUACGUCUAAGUGCAUGCAAGGUUUUAGUGAUUGAAAUAAAGCUCGGAAUAUUUUCCUAAUUUGUUGGACACGGUGAAGGUCACAUUGAGAUAUUGGUGGUUCAACUUUUUCAUCAUCAAUUUUAAUCCACUGGUCUGGCGAUCGAAGAUGCCCGAUAGUAAAUGAAAUGUAGGUAGGCAACCGUGUAGACGUACAAAUGCACUCUGAUGUAGAAAACGUUAAUCUGUUAUAAGAGUUCUUUGGUUCGACGCUGUAAAAAAAGAAAAAAAAAAGAUUAACUAAAGCGGUUAUAUAAUUUUAGAAAUUUACCUCUCCCCAAAACAAUAUAUAAAUAACAAUCUGCUACAACGUCAGAUGAACAACAAACAACGUGUAAAUGCAGUUAAAUGAUCGAAUGUAUGGUCAGGCGAACACAAAAUAUACAAUCAGGUUAGGAAAAUAACGUUUCUCAAGACUUUUCUCUGACUUAUUAUUGUUAAGCAAAUUUAUCUUUGGUUUCUUUUGAUCAAGCAUAUAUCAAGGAAUGAAGUUUAACUAAGCAUCUUUUUCAUGUUUAACACACUUAUCAACUUUGAAAUCUUGUUAGUGCGAAGGAGUUAUCAAUUCUGUUCCAAAACUGUCCAUAGAGUACAAGUCUUAAGCAAUCCUAGCUGUUGAGACCUUAAAAAAGUGUACUUUUUAUAUUGUAAUUUAUCUAUGAGUUUUGGUAUAAUCUUUAUGUUUGAGCGCUGAGGCAAAUAGCACUGCAUUUGUAAUUUUUUUCAAAUUUCCUUUGCAGAGAUAUUUGAGUAUGCUCAAUCAAUAGGUAUAGAUCCUAUUAACGAAAGAGAUCUUCUGUUUAUUGCAAGGGAAGGUAUUGUUGCUCCUCUACCUACUGAUUGGAAACCUUGGUGAGUAAAAUAAAGCUUUAAUCUAAGAAUUAAACUUCCAAGUUUAGUAAUAAACACUUUGACCAGAUUUUAGUUAUAAAAACAAUAAGGAACUCUUACCAACUGAGUUCAAGGACUGUAUUAUAAGUUACGGACCAAUUUUUUUCUGCUCAGAUUUAUGGCCUGAGUCCAAAAUGGCAGCAGAAAAAGGGAGGUUCUGUAACUUACAGUAUGGGUUCAAAUUGAGAGGAAAAGUUUCAAUUCAGCCAUGAAUAGUAGAGUGUCAUGUAAUAAAAUACAGCCUGCUAAAUUGACCAAUCAUCUAGUGCAUGUACCAACUGAGAGAUAAAAUAAAUGCACCUUAUUCAAUGGUUUAACCCUUUAACUCCCAAGAUCAGAUUGUUAAUUCUCCCCACUAGCUGCUACACAUUUCCUUCUAAAUUGGUUCGAGAAGUUUGGUGUUAGAUCAAGAAAAAACAACUUCUAUGUGAUAAGUUUAAUUGUUCUCAUUACCUGUUUUCUAGAAAGUGUAUGGGUAUAAAAGGGGGAAGAUGCCUCUCAAUCACUUCUGGGAGUUAAAAGGGUUAACAUGCUUGUAUAUUACUUGCGUAUGCUUUGUGAGUUGGUGAAAGAAAGAAAAUCAAUAUUAUAUUUUAUAAUUUAACACUUCAUUCUCAGAGCCAUAAUUAUAACAGAUGUAUAGGAGAUAAAUAGUAGAAUUGUCAUGUAAAGUGCUUCAACCAUAAAAAUAAGGACUGUUUUCCAGAACUCAACCAUUUAUUUUAUGAGGUCUCAUAAAUCACAUGGCCUUAACGUCACUAAAGGAAUGGCAUGCAGUGCAUACAAACAAGAUUAAAUAUAUAAAAAUGUCAAUGUGUAGCUGUGACAAGAAUUGAUUUUGAGAUCUUCAGGCCAGGGUGAGUAAGUCAAUAUGUACAAGUUAGUGAAACAACCUGUAACAGCACUUCUAAUUAAUCCCUCAACUCCCAAGAUCUGAUUAUUAAUUCUUCCACUUAGUUAAUACACAUUUCCUUGUGAAUUUGUUUGUAGAGAAUUGGUUGUUUGAUUGAGAUAACAACUUCUAUCUGAUAAGUCUGUGUAUUCUCAUUACCUGUUUGCUGGAGAAUGUGUGAAUAUUACAGGAAGAAGUUCUAUUAUAAUCACUUCUUGGAGUGAAAAGGUUAAUAACCUUUCCUUAUUUGAACAAUUAUUUUUCAGUCAAGAUGCCAGUGGAGAUAUUUACUACUUUAAUUUCCACACGGGUGACAGCGUUUGGGAUCACCCAUGUGAUGAAUACUAUAGAAGCAUGGUUACUGAGGAGAGGAGAAGAAGAAGCACUUUGAGUGCGUCGGCAAAAAAAGAAAAUAAGAAGAAGGAUAAAAAAGAUGGAGGCAAAAAGAUUAAGUCACUAGAGGGAUCUUUAAAUAAACAAAGGGUAAAAUAUUGAUUGAUAUAGCAUGGAUUUAAUGAAUUGUGCAUUUAGUAAUUCUUAAAUUCUUCUUGGACACUUAACCCUUUAACUUCUAGAUCAAAUUUGUAAUUCUCCUUACUGUCAACCGUACAAUUCUUAUGAUGUUAGUUCAGAGAAUUUAGUAUUGGAUCAACUAAUUAUCCCCAAAUUGGUAUUUUUCUUUAUUCUCAACACUUAACUGGUUGAUUUUGUAUUGAUGUUGUAAAGAGAAAUUCUGUCUUGGUCACUCAUGGGAGUUAAAGGGUUAAAGUUACGAGAAGGAGUUGACAAAUCAACUGCAGUAUAUUAAUCAUUAUAUAUUUAUCUACUUGUCUGAUGAUCAAAGAUGACAAAAGCUGAAAUUGUGGUAGACACACAAAUACACUUUGACGCAGAAAACUGCAAUCAGAGGCUAAAGAACUUAAGAAUAAUGUUUUGUAAAAUAAUAUUUCAUGACAAAGUCAUUUAAUUCUAGAAACCUUAGAACUUUUCCCAAAGUAUUUUCAUUCAUCAGACCCUCCAACAAUGAACCUCAAUAGUUUAGAGGCAAUUUUUUUACUUGAAUUGUCAUUAACUUUUGCUGGGAUUCAUUCAUUCAUUCAUUAGACAGCAAAUACAGGCUGUACAAUUACGAAUCUUUCCCAAGCCUUUCCUUACGUAAAAAGGUCCUGUUUUAAUUCUCCUGUUUCUUAACUGUGCAGGCUUUUAGGAAAAGAAUGAAAAUGUAAGAACCCUUUCUCCAAUUUGAAGAUAUCUUGCAGCUAAUUUGAAUUUUAUUAUUAUUUUCACUGGAAAGUGAUUUGUUCAAUGUCCUCUUUAAGUCUCUUAGCCCUGGUUUGGCACCACUGAAAGGUGAAGGUUCCUUGGCUCCAUUGAGAGAUUCAUCUCCAGGACGCUCACUGGGUGGUUCCCUUGGAGCAAGUACAGGUUCCCUUGGUGGGAGCACUUUAGGUAGGGGCCCUCUUGGAGGGGGCUCUCUUGGAGGGGGCUCUCUUGGAGGGGGCUCUCUUGGAGGGGGUUCUCUUGGUGGGACCUCCCUUGGAGGUUCUCUGGGAAAAAACCCACUAGGUGGAGGCUCUAGCAAUGGGCUUCGAACUAGUGGAAGGUUUUCAGGUGCAGAACGACAUAUGGAUCCUUUCAAGCAGGCUCCUCUUGGUGGCGUUAAGGAUUCACUUGGGGUAAGUUCAAGGCUUUCGAUAUUCAGUCCUUUUUUCUUUUGUCAAAAAAUGUUAACCCUUUUUAUACAGCCAGUUUUGAAGCUCUCUAUAAUGAAGGUCAAUUCUCUUUCCCAUAAUUGGUUAGAAAAAUUAGGAUUCCACUGUUACAUGUAAUAGUCAUAGGGAAUGUCAGCUCAUCACAUUUAUUGACCAGUAUGUUAAGUUUGAAUUAAUUUGAGUUUUGUUGCAUUUAUAAAAACCAGAAACAGUCAACAGAUCAAGAAAAGUUUGGUCGAGGAGUCAGCGAUGGUAGUGGAACAAUCACCCUAAGCACUGGAUUAGGAGACAACAUAAAUCUGAACUUUAUGACUGAUCUUUCAGAUGAUGAGGAAGGCAAGGUAUGCAAUUAGUGUACAGAUUUCAGUUACCAAGGUAAUGUAUAGAUUUAGCCAAGCCUAAAAGUGGAGCUUGCAUUUUUUUCCCCCGCACGUCUCAAGGGCACAAUGCCUUGCCCUGGCCAAGACUAGAACCCAGGUUGUCUGACUCGGAGCCCAGUGCACUGACCACUGGACUACUGGACAAAGCUGUGGCAUUGACGUGCCUGCGGUACAGUUGACCAUGCAUGUUAAAAGUAGCACCUUGUAUGGUCGUACGGUCGUACAUCCAAAUUUUUUCAGCUUGAUGGGUUACUACUAUUUUGUAUAAUUACGGGGCUACGCUCUGCGAGCUCCGCUAUUACCUUAAUACCUUGGUUACCAAAAUUUGUCAACCCUUUAACUCCCAGAAGUGAUAAAUAUGUAACUUUUCCCUAUAAUAUCCAUGCAUUGUCAAGCAAACUGAUAAUGAGAAUACUCAAAAUUAUUAGGUAAUAGACUUGUUAUCAUGAUCUAACACCAAAUUAUUGUAACUAGUUAACAAGGAAAUGUGUUACAGCCAGAGGGGAGAAUUAAAGAUCAGAUCAUUGGAGUUAAAGGGUUGAUGAAUUCUACUAUUUUCCCCACAUAUUUUGAAAAUCAGAAAAUGUAGCUCCAAAACUUGAAGGUGCCACUCUUCAUAUGUGAUGUAAAUUAUUUCCCUUAUAUCUGGUCUGAAAAGAUUUUGACGAUUUGUUUUGAUUUGCAGAGUGAUCUUGGACGGCCAACAAUUGAUCUUGCUGGUGUACAUGACAUAGGAGCACUUGGCUAUGAGGUGAGUUUACUUGAUGUAUGAAGAUGCCUUCAUUUAGCAAACAUUAAUGAUUGAAUUAAGAAAUCUUUCAACAGGACUUCAUGUCUUCCAAUCCAGUCUUUAAUCAUACUUGUGAUUAACAAAUCCUUUGUGGUCAUCUAAUUUUGAUGAUCAAUUGUAUGAUUACAGACUAAAUUUGACUCCACUCAGUCCUAUUAUAAUGGUAACCAUUAUUUAUAGAUUCAAUAUUAAGCAAUAGACUUCAGAUGAAGGCUACAGAAAAUAAACUAUAUAGGAUUUCAACUCCAGAACCUCUUUGUUUUGAGAUAUUAAAAUUACUUACUAGGUUUUGUAAGAUAUGAUUACCAGUUAGAGACUAAACACAAAUCUGUUCUAUUAUUGUAUAUUUAGGACUCAGAAGUGGAAGAAAGCUCAAAUAUCAAGACUCCUGUCACACCAUCGAUGAGUGAUGUUGAUGAUGGAGAAGAAGUGGUGAGCACACUAAACUGACUUUUUGUUUUAUAACUGUGCCUUUGGGGUCUGAAAAAGGUGAUGUGCACUGUGCCAGUGUAUGUACAGAGAGUCAAUGGUCUAGGCCUUUGUAAAAUUAUUGUGGAUGAUUGAAUGAUGGACCUGAUUGAUAUGAAUUGAUUUUCCCAAAUUCCCCUUUCACUCCUUUUAGUGAAAAUUUUGAAUUUUAUUUUCUCCCAUAAAUCAAAAUCCUGUAAUUUCAAGGGUUUCUUUGGGUCAUAGCAACAUGUCUAUGUACAACUUUACAUCUGAUGACAUAUGAAAUUUUGGAGGGUACAUGAUUGGUAGGUCAGUAAAUAUAUUCACAUAGUGGUCUUUUAUAAUCAUCUUAUCACAACUUUUGGACUUAAAAAAUGGAAAUUCAUAUAAAUCAAAAAAUAAGGUCUAAUUAUUUAAACAAAGUUUAGUCAUUGUUUAACAAAAUUAUGUCCUCAGUUAAGCUGCAUUUUUUUUCUUUGUGAUCUGUGUCAAGAGGGCCAAAAGCUAAAAAUGGAAGGACAUUUAUUUAACCAAAUCAACCCUCUUUUAAAGAAAGUCUGAGGCCCACUGAUUGUGUAAAAUGGUGGUGUAGGAUGGUUUACAGUCAAGUCGCUCGAGACUCAUCUCGCCCGAAGUCAUGUCGCUUGAAACCCGAGUCAUGUCAAGUCACCCGAAGAAACAAAUACUAAAAAGAUCUGAUCUGAAAACGGAAAUUUGGUUCCCACAUGGUGUUGUCGGAAACAAAGAGCGCUUUAGUGAUAAAAAAAUUUCUCAACGUUAUUGCCUAUUUACAGUCUGAAAUUCUGAUCUUUUUAGUAUUUGUUUCUUCGGGCGACUUGACUUUUUUUUUCGGGCGACAUUUCUAAAAUUUCGAGCAACAUGACUUAGGUUUCGGGCGACAUGACUUCGGGCGAAAUGACUCCUGGGCGACUUGACCGGUUACCGUGUAGGAUAGACCUUGUGUGAAUAACUGGCAUCAAGUGUUUAAAUUAAUUGUGUUGAUUUUGUUUCUGUACAGGACUUUGGUAUCAACAGGACAUUAUCUGACAGACUGGAAGGAAUGAGUGCAGAGCUUUUAAGUCCAGCACAAAGUGCUACUAAGUCAGAGGUGUAUAUUGCGAUGUAAAAGACCCUAAUUUGUAUUUUGUUAGUAUUUCUUUCAUGAAAACAAAAUGUGCCAAUUUGCUCAUGACUGGGCCAUUUUCAACAAAAUCAAUAUGUGCCUGUCAUGCAUGUUGUGUUAAGUUAGCAACUGUCAAAGUUACCGGUCAACCAACUGACAGAUUGACUGAAUGCGGUAGUUUGCACAAUGCUUAAUACACUAUAGCGAGAGUUUCCAAGUCAACUGCUGAACUCCAUGAUCUGAUUGGUUAUUCUCCCUUCUAUCAUUUGCAAUACAUUUCCUUUAAUUAGGUGAGAGAAUUUGGUGUUCUAUCUUGAUCAAACAAUUCACUGGAUAAGUUUUCUUUUCUCAAUUUUGUUUGCUGGAUAAUCUUAAAAAUUUUCAUCGGAGAAAUCACAUGAUGAUCACGUGUGGAGUUAAUUGAUCAUGUUUUCUUAUUGUCUGAGUGUGAGUAGUCCUUAAAAAAGACUGUUGUCUGUGAAAGUCAGCCACAUUUUGAAUGGUUUUAUGUGAGCGGAAGUGACCCAAAAGUCGUCAUUAGGUUCACCUCAUAUGAUAAUUUGGGUAACCGGUCAAGUCGCCCGAGAGUCAUCUCGCUCGAAACCUGAGUCAUGUUGCCCGAAAUUUUAGUGAUGUCGCCCGAAAAAAAAAGUCAAGUCGCCCGAAGAAACAAAUACUAAAAAGAUCAGAAAGUCUUCAUGGCUUUGUUAGAAACCAAGAAAAAGUUUCUCAAGCUUACGAACUGUCCGUGAGUAGGAAACAAGUACAUACCAAACGAACAACGCUUUAUUUUUUUGUUAGAAACGGAGAACGUUUUCCUUUGUAGUUAGAAACGAACAACGCUUUUAGAAUCGUUACUCAAACAUAUUUCGAUUCCGAGCAUACGAUCGAUUUCUGUGUAGUGAUGUCGCCCGAAAAAAAAAGUCAAGUCGCUCGAAGAAACAAAUACUAAAAAGAUCAGAAAGUCUUCAUGAUAUUGUUAGAAACCAAGAAAAACUUUCUCAAGCUUACGAAAAGUCUGUGAGUAAGAAACGAUUACAUACCAAACGAACAACGCUGCAUUUUGUUGUUGGAAACGGACAACGUUUCCCUUUGUUGUAAGGAACGAACAACGCUUUCAGAAUCUUCAUGGUGUUGUUGGAAAAAAAGAGCGCUUUAGUGAUAAAAAAGUUUCUCAACGUUAUUGCCUAUUAACAGUCUGAAAUUCAGAUCUUUUUAGAUUAAUUUAUUUUUUCGGGCGACUUGAUUUUUUUUUCGGGCGACAUAAAUAAAAUUUCGGGCAACAUGACUCAGGUUUCGGGCGAGAUGACUCUCGGGCGAGAUGACUCUCGGGCGACUUGACUGUAAACCGAUAAUUUGCCACUACCCAUUUAUACUCUUGGGAGGAGAGCAGCACUGUGAGAGUAAAGUGCACCGUAUCUUGCCUAAGGACACAACAUUAUAACCUUUCCAGCUUUCAAACCCAGACCUCUUGGCCCGCAGUUCAGUGUCUUAACCACUAGGUCACCCUAUUUCCUCCCCAAAUGAGCUUGUGAUGUUUCCAAAUUUUCCUUCCAGGCUCAAGCUGGUGGACUUGCAGCUGUGAGCAGUAGUGUAAGGACGAUGGCUGGGGUGAGGAGUAGCGAUAUUUUGAUUCGAGAUCCAAGUCCUUCAAGGUAAACAACAAUGACUACAAUAGUACUGUAAUUGGAUGAUGGCAACACCCAAAACCGUCUACGACAAAUAAGACAAGAGGAGAGAAACGAAUAAAUCACACAGAUACUAUUCAAGAGAGUCCAACCCCUAAUGUUUAGACUAAUUGAUUAUGCACAGACGCAGCUUCUUAACUUCUUCUUCUUUGGCCAAACAAAACGAAAAACAUUCUCAUGCAGAAACAGGUCUGGGCACUUUCUUACCUCUACCAGGCCUUAAACUAUCUACGACUUUUGUUUUUUUUUCUCAAUUUCUGAGUAAUGUCCAUUUUAAUCGAGUGGAUUGAGGGGGUUAGCCAACUAUGACUCCUGAAUGUUGGGUUUAUUAAAGGUUGUGGAGCUUUCCGGCAUUUUCUCCUGCUUGUAAAUGGAUAAUAAAAAGUGUUGUAGGUUUAUCCUUUCUUCCUUCCCUCUCCAGCGUUUCCCUAACCUUUCUCACCCCACCCCCCCCAUUUUGUCUAGUGCCCGAAAAGUUGACAGAUGCCCACUUAUUACUCCCAGACUCACGAGCAAUCCUUAACUUAUAUCCUAAAUUUGGUGUGUGUGUGUGUGUGUGUUUUUCAUUUCCUAGUAACAAGGAGAGUGGUGUAACAACGAAUAAGGAAGAAGACAGGUUACAGAGAGCAACGUUACAAGCAGAGGCUGCAGAAAGGUAAGAGUGAGAAUAUAUUUGAAAAUCCCAGCUGUAUCGUCAAGUGAAGGGCCUUUUUUUACGCAGUGGUUAUCAGGGUUUUAACGCUGCAAUAAUCAGAGCGUUACAAACAGUUUUACCAGUGACACCUGCUAAGCUGCAUGUCUAAAAACCGAAAGUAAGGUCGGACGAAGGGUACAUGUAGGACGCACGAAUCUACAAUUGUAGGUAUAAGGACACCAGAAACAAAGCUGUAAGAAUUAACACAAUUUAAAACAAUUGAGUGUCCUAAAACCAAAACCAUAGUUAUAUAAGCCGUAAAUCAGGGCAAAGAAAAUAUAUCCAAGAAGCUAAUGAGAACUCCAAGUGAAAACAAGCAAACACGGUUGACGAAAUCGCAAUUGUUUUGGUUUUGAAUCUCAUUGGUUGAUAAACUGGUGUGAGUUUUUUGGACCAAUCACCGAGUGAAGUAAAGUAAAACUAAUCAAUCAAUGUAAUCUCGGAUUGAAUAUCCUUGGUUGAAAAAAUGGCUUGCGUUUUCUGAGACCAAUCACAGAGCGAAGUAAAAUGAAACCAAUGCAAUCACAGAUUACUUUCGACGGUCAAUCGAAAAUUGCUCUAAGUACUGAUGAUGCAAUUCCUUGGUGGCUGUUUAGUGUUUUGAAUCUUCAUGUCUUCAAUUGCAGAAGAGCAACAGAUCAGAGGGAACAAGAGCAAGCAGAGAAUCAGGAAAAAGAAAAGUAAAUAUAAGCUCUCUUUAUCUCAAAUUUAAAAAACCCGGGUUUCCUUUUUACAGUGUCUAUGGUAAUCAUAAGUCUGAUACAGUUCUACCUUGAAAGUUUGGUGAUGUAACUGUCAGGAAAAUUACGAUGUGUUUUGUAGGCUAGCAAAAGAAGCAGCCAAAGCAAUCGAAGACAUGAGGAAAGCCACUGAGAAAGAACUGAACGAGGCAAAGCAGAAACUACAGAAAGAGAAAGAAGAUGCUCUGAGGAAGCUCCAAGAGCAAUAUCGAAAAGAACAGGACAGUGAGGAAGAACGACUGGCAAAGGAACACGAUGCUGUGAUGAAAACACUCGGAGAAAAAGCCAGAGAAGACGCUUUAGAGGAGGAAGCCAUGUUACAGGAAGGUAAACAGGAUGCGAUGCGGAAGCUAAAACAGCAGAUACAAAGAGAACAAGAACAGGAAGAGGCUGAACUGAGAAAGGAAAAGAAAGAGGCUUUGAAAGCACUCAGAGAGGAGCUGGAAGAACAGGAGGAGCAAGAGAACGACAAGAUGGCGGAAGAACGGGAGAAAUUAAGAGAGAAAUUAGAAAAAGAAAAAGAGAUGGUACGUUUGAAAGGGUGGCUGUUUUAAAAUACUUCGCGUCGAAUCAUUUUCAGAGAAAUAUCCUGCCCUUCUUAGUAAAAUGCUACAUGCUGUCUCGUUAAAGUCCCUCGCAAAAAGAGCCUUGAACGCAUGUAAAUGCGCAAUUUGAAUGCAUAUCACUACUUUUAUUAUAAUUCAUAUAUUGCAGGCGUUGGAAGAGCUGCAGCAAAACAAUGAGUACGAACUACAACAACUAAAAACGGAGCUAGCCGAGAAGCACGAGAAAGCAUUGCAGGAACUGAAGAGUGAGUUAGAAGUGGCGCAAAACAGCGAAUUAACUGCUGCGCGCAGAUCUGCGGCGGAAUCCAAAGCUAACUUCACUAUGAGUAUGGACUCACUGGAUGUAGAGGUAAAAGUGAUCUGGAAGUUCUCUUCACCCUUUGGCAUUGGUUGCUUAUAGUUAUUGUUCAGACAAUUUGAUGGUCGAAGGAAGUUUUCCUUUUUUGUCGGAAAAAUCCCAGACGGCGUCUUGUUCACGCCUAGAAAAUUUCUUUCGCUAAUUAUUAUUUUUGUCUUUCCUGAAAGGCUCAACAGGAAUUUCAGAAAAGGAGAAAAGAUUUAGAAGCUAAGAACGAGAAACAGCUAGUAAGUUGAGCGACUAUUUGGCGAAAUUUUGAGGACCUAGUAACUGUUCACUGUCGCCACUUCGACCGAUUUCUUUCGUUUGUGGCUGAGAACGUUGCUACUUCUCCUGAAUAGAAUGCCAGUGUUAAGCCCCCAAGCAAAUUUCUUCGGGUUGCAAGGAAACUUUACAGCUACUCUGGUCUGGGGGUAGAGUAGAGUAGAGUGCCCAUGAACACUACACAUUGACUCCAACCAGGUCUCGAACCCAGACCUUUCGAAGCGGAGUCCAGCUCGGUAACCACCCGGCCACCGCUUCGCUCUUUCACCCUUGAGUUCAGUUUUUUCAACAGAUACCAUUUUUAAAAGGAUUCACCUUUUAAAAUUUAAAAUUUCCCUUUUUUAACUUUUUAAAACAAUUUUUGUAGGAGGCUUUGCAGAAAGAAUAUGAGAAGAAAAUUUACAGCAUAAAACAAGAGUGGAAGGAACAGGUAAUGUGAUAUAGCAAAAUAUUCUCCUUAAAAAUUGGGGAAUUCGUGUAAAGCAAUUUUCAUUCGAUUCUCGUGAAACCAAAAUCAAAGUUAUUACAACAGCCAAUCACAAUAAAGGCUUUUGUCAUCAUUAGCCAAUGAGGACUCAAAGUAAAAACGGGCCGGUAAACUUCCAAAUGCGCCGGAAGACGCAGGCGACCAAGUUACGAUUGGUUUUCGUUUGGCCUGUGAUUGGUAUAGAGCGUGGCGCGAGUUUUCUAAACUAAUCACAGACCGAAGUAAAACAAAACUAAGGCAAACCUGGAUUACUUUUGACAUUCAUUCGAAUGGAAGGAGGGAAGGAAAGGAAAGGAAGCUAUUUCAUCGCAGGUUCCCGCGGCAUUUUUCCAGGUUUCCAGGAAAUUUUGGUAUGGAGAGGCACUAUGAGAAAAAAAAAUGGCCGCGCAUGGCUUGAAUAUAUUUCUAUUUGUAUGCUCUACUUUACUGAAUCGUGUAUUUCACGCGCUUGUUAAAACUGUGUGAACAGGAGACCAAGGAAAGGUUUGACUUGAGCGAAAAAUGGGAAAAGGAGAAGAGGAACUUAACAGACGAACACGAAAAGAAUGUGAACAAGCUACGACAGGAGAUGGAAACUAAGAAGAACCAGCUGCAAAGCGAAUUGAACCAAAUGGUUUGUUUCUACUUUGUGUUUCCGAAAAUGACUUCUCAGUUUCAAAUAAGAGUAGAGGCACUGCAUGGCCGUGGAAAAGUGGGCUUGAAAUACGCGCUGCUAGGCACUAGUCUCUUGUUUCCUACUGAGUUUGAGUUUUAACCAUUGGUUGAGAUGCUUUGAAGAACUAUGAUUAGAGGUUCAUGGUGUGGCAAAGGUUGCUUUUCUGCUCUUCUGCUAGCUUAGUUUAAAGCCACGUUAUUUGAUCAUCACGUAGUUCAGUAGUGGAAGCGUAGGUUGCAGACGUUUACACCAUUGACGCAUUCCUUCUUUAUGCUAAAUGCGAAAAACUUUGAUAUAUUAUAAUAUAUCUAAUAUUUUAUAGUUUAUGUCAAGGUGAAGUUGGUUUUGCUUGGCGUUCAGAUUAAACGCUGAGCGGAAAUUUCGUUUUCGAAGUCUUAAACUUCAGUUUCGCUAGUGGCUUAAGUUACAGAAUUCCCCUCACUAAGAUUUGUUUUCUUCGCGAACAAUUUCGUUUUAUACAAACUUAAUGUACUGUUAAAUAGCGGUAGUUUUUUUCAAUUGAAAUAUCAGGAAGCAAGUAUGGCAACCGAACGAGACAAUCUUCACAAGCUGCGCGAGGCACUGGAACAAGAGGAGGAAGAAUUAGCCGCCCAGGUAUGCCAACUUGAACUGUUUUUUCCGUUAACAUUCAAUAUCAUUAGGAAAGGUUGCGGUCAUACUUCGUGUUGAAAUACAACCAAUGAUAAAGCAUGAUCGUUUGUUUCGCUGUAAUUUAGAUGUGGAGCGCGAUGUGUCGACUGCAAAGCGUUCGUUUUCUUCAGGCGAUGAGUUCCAUUGAUUACAUUUGCUAGGGUGAAAUCGCAGAAUCUGGUGGUUUGACCGCCAUAAACUUGCAUUUAAAGCGUUAAAUCUUUGAUAUUCCUUACUCACUAGUUACGAAGACUCGUGCUUGUCAGUUUCACUUGUCACUACAAUAAUAAAAACAAUUUUUCUGCUUGCUACAGCACAUGCGUUAGGAGUUUCGCCGAUGAAAGACUAAAAUCUUUCCUUGAUACUCAUGAAUAUUUUCCCUUUUUCCCCUUUGGUUCUUUUUUCAUAGAGGAGAGCAUUGGAGGAGAAUCAAGAGGAAAUAGAGGAGGAGAGAAAGCGACUUGUGCAGCAGAGAGAGGUAAUUUUAAAAAACUUUCACUCCUCUGAUUAAAAAGCCGGCCUGUUCUCCUGACCAAUGAUUACACAUUCCUUCUUGGCUAAUAUUGAGAAUUUGUUGUUAUGUCAUAACUGUGGUUCCUUGCUGGUAUAUUCUUACUUCUCUUGUACUGUAUGCUUAACAUUGUGUUUUUUCCUUUUUGUUGCUAUUACGCAAAUGUAAGGUCAUCUGGUUUUAUCGUCUCUUUCCCGCAGGCUCUGGCUCGAGCCGGCGAGCAAGCAGCGGCAUCGACAGGAGAGGAUGAAACACUGGCAAGGCUUCAGUUAGAUGAGAUCAAGGCAGCCAUCUCAAGUAGUGAACGUGACUUAAACAAAUUAAACAGGUUCAUGUUUCGAAUUUCGUGAUAUUAAUUUAUUAAUUCGGUAUUUAACGCUUUAUUUUUAACUCAACCCUUUAACCCCUGAGGCUGACUAGCAUCAAAGUUCUCCUUACAGUGUCGUUGAGGUCAUGAGAAUAACGGAAAUGAUCAGCAACCAAAGACACUCCCGAUUGAAAACAACCUCUCCUUGUAGGUACCACAGAAAAUGUAUAAGGAGCAGUAUGGAGAAUAUACACAUUGAUGCGAGAGUGUAAAGGGUUAAUGGCUCACCAUACCAGUUGAUUUUGGGAGCCAACACGAGGGUCAUAUGAGAUAUCAAGUGGUUUCUUUUCUUUUUUACAGAUUGAAAAAGAACCUUGAAAUCGAAUUGGACAAGUUAAGCAAAACUAAACAAGAGCUUCAGCAUGAUAUCAGGUUGGUUACCAGACUGCGUGAUGCUAUCAUCCAGCUUCGACCGUUACACACGAAUGUCAUUGCGUUACCUCAUUGUUAAUCACGGGUUUCAAGAAAAUGUGGUUACCAGUGCUCUACCGCCGCCUUUAAGAUCUCUUACUGCUGUCUAUUGAGCCUGUGAGCAAGCUUUCGUGUUUGAGUUUCGCCUCACGACCUCUUUGACGGGCACAGCUGCUCGUUACACCAUAGGCAGGUGUUUAUAGAGAGAGUUCUGGGUAUUCUUGUAAUUAAUCCUCUUUUAAUUGCUUCAUCACAGCAAUCUUACGAAAAAUCUGAAAGAACUGAAAGAAAGUUGUCGAAAGCAGAGUGAAGAGCUGCAAGACCUUCUGAUUCAGCGAGAUAAACUUCAAGAAAAACCGUCACUAACGGUGAACACGAAGACACCCUGGUAAAUGACAAUGGUCUUGAUAAGCCAGUGGCCUCCACAUCGAAAGUUAGAGAUGUAAAGAAAAGGCCCAAAAAACAAGGGGCUGAUUUGGGUUCUGAAGAUGAAGCCCUGCAUGUCGAGGACCUGGAACCUCCUGGUGUUUCCGCUACUCAGGUACCUUCCUUGACCCUAUCAACAAACGCCUCGGUUUUAAAUGCCAGCCCUUUUUCCUCCGCAAAUUUCGCUGAAUUUUAAACCUCGUGCGCUUGAGCCCGCGUUAUAGACCACAUACCUGUCACGUAGCAUUUCGUUAUUCAGCUCUGCCGCGCCCUGACUAGGUCUUUGUGUUGUACUCUUCGGUAAGGUACUAUACAGUGUCUCUCUCCACCUAGGUGCAUGGGGAAACUUGAAAAGUUGCUUAAGUGUACUUGCGAUCAGCGGUUUGCCUUUCAGGCAAGGAACGCCUUCGUGUCCCUAUUUUUAAGACCUAUACUUCUAUACACCCUUAAUUUUUCUUUACUACUGUAUAAUUUGACCGAAAGAAAGAACACUACACUCUUACAAACACAACAACUGUAUUAAACAACUUUUAAUACUCUUACUUGGGAGCGACUCUUACAGACAAUACAGUAAUUAUCCUUUAUAAACUUACUUAAGCCCACUACAAACUAUAAGUUAGGUAACCACUGAUACAAUCUCACAGUUGUCUCCAAAGUUCCUCGAAAUAAACAAUCUUCCACAAUACAGGUGUAGCUCUCUCGGUAUAGCUUUCCAGAUAAUUAGUCUCUCCCGAAAACCACAACAACUAACUACUACUACACGACUGAGACCUUAUAUACAUUUACAAAGUGUUUUAGAACAUUUCCGGAAGCUCACAACACAACUAUUUAGUUGUAUUACAUGUACAUCAAAACUAAGUAACCUAAUAGAACGUUCAAACAAUAAUAUUCAUUUUUGUUUUAUAGGGCAAUCGUCUGGUGCCACCUUCAGACAUGAAAG